GGAGGGGUGGGGCGGCCCGGACCCUGGGAUCCAGUCCAUCCUUCAGCAGAGUAGCGGAUAUGGCUGGCUCCCGGCUCCCGCGGCAGCUCUUUCUCCAGGGCGUGGCCGCCGUCUUCAUGUUCGCCUUCGCUUCCCUCUACAUGCAGAUCCCGGGCCUGUACGGUCCUGAGGGCAUCCUGCCUGCACGGAGGACACUGCGGCCGCAGGGAAAGGGACGCUGGCGGCAGCUGUGGGAGACCCCAACGCUGCUGUGGGAGACUCCGCUACUGGGGCUGGACACAGCACAGGGCCUGGAGCUGCUGAGCUUGCUGGGCACCCUGCUGGCCCUGGGAGCCCUGCUGCUGCACCAGCUGCGCCACCUCCUUGUCUACCUGCUGCUCUGGGCCGCCUACCUGUCUGCCUACCAGGUGGGCCAGGUGUUUCUUUAUUUCCAGUGGGAUUCCCUUCUGCUGGAGACUGGCUUCCUGGCCUUGUUGGUGGCGCCUCUGAGGCUGCCCCCUCGCCACAAGCAGGCCCAGGGCAGGCUGGCAGAGAUCUUGCCCCACGAAGACCUCCCCUUCUGGCUCGUGCGCUGGCUGCUGUUUCGCCUCAUGUUUGCCUCGGGUGUGGUCAAGCUGACCAGCCGCUGCCCCGCGUGGUGGGGGCUCACCGCCCUCACCUACCACUUCGAGACUCAGUGCUUGCCCACGCCCGCCUCCUGGUUUGCCCACCAUCUGCCUGUCUGGCUGCACAAGCUCGGCGUGGUGGCCACCUUCCUCAUCGAGAUCGCAGUGCCGCCUCUGUUCUUCGCUCCUGUUCGCCGCCUGCGCUUGGCUGCCUUCUACUCCCAGGUCUUGCUGCAAGUCCUGAUUAUCAUCACUGGCAAUUACAACUUCUUCAACUUGCUCACCUUGGUGCUUACCACUGCCCUCCUGGAUGACGCGCACCUGGCUGCCCAGUCUGGCAACAGCCGCCGCAAGAAGACACCCACCUCCUGGCCCAAGGCCCUGCUGGCCCUGCUGGCCCUGCUGCUGGAGCUGGCCGUCUACGGGCUGCUGGCCUGUGGCGCGGUGCACUACUUCGGCCUGGAGGCAGACUGGGAGCAGCGCACUGUUCACUCCAAAGCCACCUUCACCUUCCACCAGUUCUCCCAGUGGCUGAAGAUGGUCACUCUCCCCACCAUGUGGCUGGGUGCAGCCUCCCUUGCCUGGGAACUGCUGACCGCCCUCUGGAGGUGGACCCACGUGCGAGGGUGGCUGCAGAAGUGCUAUGCUGCGGUCCAGCUGUCCGUCUUUGGCACGGCCACGGUGGCUCUCUUCAUGAUCAGCCUGGUGCCGUACUCCUACAUGGAGCCCUCGACCCACGGGCGCCUCUGGACUGGGGCCCACCGCCUCUUUGGCACCGUGGAGCACCUGCAGCUGGCCCACUCCUACGGCCUCUUCCGCCGGAUGACUGGUCUGGGCGGACGGCCCGAGGUGGUGCUCGAGGGCAGCUAUGACGGGCACCACUGGACGGAAAUCGAGUUCAUGUACAAGCCCGGUAACGUGAGCCGGGCGCCCCCCAUCGUGGCGCCCCACCAGCCGCGCCUCGAUUGGCAGAUGUGGUUCGCGGCCCUGGGCCCGCACACGCACAGUCCCUGGUUCACAAGCCUGGUCCUCCGCCUGCUGCAGGGCAAAGAGCCUGUGAUCCGCCUCAUCCAGAGCCACGUGCCCAAGUACCCCUUCCACAAGCAGCCGCCCACUUACGUGCGGGCCCAGCGCUACAAGUACCGGUUCUCGAAGCCCGGGGAGCAGAGGACAAGAGCCCACCCCGGGCCCGCAGCUCCAGCAACACCCUGGCUCAGGCGCUCCGCUGGAUGCGGAAACAGCUGUCUCCCCUGGAGGCCCCUGCCCUGCUCUGGGGGCUCCUCGGAACCGUGGGGGCCAUUAGGGUCAUGCAGGCCCUGCUGAGCCCCUAGUCCUCCCCUCGGGCCAAGGAGGAGAAGCACAGGCCAGCCCCCGCGGAGGACUCGGUGGCCGCCAGCAAACAAGCUUCCC